AUGUCUCUUCUCAAGCAUAGACUACAACUCCAUCUCCAGCUUCUUCCAGGACCGCAUUCGUAUUCUACCCUUGGCUAUAACCCCAACACCACAACUACCGCUGUUUCUACCCCUAUAUUUCGACAAGUAUUUAGCCUUUUCGAUUUUGAAAAAGUUUGUGUUCUAGGUCAUGGCAAUCAAGGCAUUGUCUACAAGGUACGCCAUAAGCACACUUCAGCCAUCUAUGCUCUAAAAAUUAUACCAACUCAAUCUCAAACUACCCACCCUUAUCAACCCUCCAUUGAAGCCAAUAUCCUAUGUCGAACAGACUCCCCUUUUAUCAUCAAAUGCCACGCUAUCUUUGAACCGCCGACCUUGGCAGGUUCAAAAGCCAUUCUUAUGGACUACAUGGACGCAGGAACACUUGAUUCACUUCUCAAAAUCAAUGGUCCUUUCUCUGAAUCCUCGAUUGCGCAGAUUGCAUACCAAAUACUUAAUGGUCUCCAGUAUCUUCAUGCUCGCAACAUUGUCCAUUUAGAUAUUAAGCCUUCUAAUCUCCUUGUUGAUAAAAAAUUGAAAGUGAAAAUUGCUGAUUUUGGAGUGAGCAAGAUAGUGAAUGCGCAUUCAACACCCGAAAAUUACGGUUCUUAUGUGGGAACAUAUGCUUAUAUGAGUCCUGAAAGAAUGGAUUCUUCUAGGUAUGAUCCCAAAUAUGUUUAUGCGGGAGAUGUAUGGAGCUUAGGUGUGAGUUUGUUGGAGCUUUAUAUGGGUCAUUUCCCUUUCUUCCCACCCGAGAAGAAACCCAGUUGGAUGGAAGUGGCGUUGGUAACAUGCUUUGGGGAACCUAUAAUCAGUAUCCCAGAGACAGCAUCGGCAGAAUUUUUAAGCUUUAUCAAGUGUUGCUUGGAGAAGGAUCCUAGUAAGAGAUGGGCAGUGCCGAAACUUUUAUCUCACCCUUUCGUUUACAGGGUGAGAGAUGACUUCAAUUAAUUAGAAUUAACUAUUAAUCCAGAGCUGUGAAAUAAAGUGAAGUCCAUGGAUCGAUCGUUGAGUCAAGCCGUGAACUCAGCCUAUCAGCAUCGAACUA